CGAGGCAGGUUGGUGGCGGAGGCCGCGACACGAAGAGGCAUCUCUCGUCGUCGUCCACGAUGGGAUGAAGUCGCGGUUUCGCUGUUUCACCUGCUUUAUCGCGUGACGUAACACUCGUGAUUAAGGCGCGUCGCGCGUCUUUGUCAUCGCCGCUGUCACCGCCUCUGUCGUCGUCGCGUCGGUCGCCGCACCGCGAACGCGUCUUGCGUCAGCGACACGACGGCGACGGUCCAUCGGGGAACAUCCGGGGUGUUGGACGCUCUCCCCGAGGGUGGGCGGUGUCAGGUUAGGUUCCCGUUCAAGGUGUCAGUGCAAUUGACGGCUCAUUAACGUCGAGGAAAUUCAUCUUUGACGAUUCUCUCAACGAAAAAUGAAUUCUCUGGUCGCAGAAAGAACUUCUGCAUUUUUUAUUAUCUUCAAGUAAAUAAAAGAGUAACGAGAAAGCCACCAAGCUGGCGAGCCUAACGAGCUGCGUGUCGACGAUGAUGGACGACGAGGAGCAGGAGGAGCUCCGUUGCACCGGCAGCGAUGUCGAGAUCGAAGAGUACACCGACACCGAGGAGUCGCCAUAUGUCGCUUAUCAGGCCGGCGGUGAUAAGCUGUUUGAUACCGAUCGCGAGAAUUGGCAGAAACUCCGUUUCCUGGCCACCCUCGUGUCCGUCGCGGUAUCAGUUACCAUCCUCGUUAUCAGCUAUCCGCUUUAUCUCGAGAGCGUCGCCGCUGUCUCCAGCGCUUACACAGGACUUCUUUUCACUGCCCUGUGCUCCGCUCUUAUUUUGGGAUUGGUGUACUUCGCCAUCGACAGAGUGUCGCCGCCGCCACCGUUAGUACCGAACAGCAUGCGGAUCAAGAUACCCCGCUGCGGCCUGAUCAAAAUAAGCACUCUCUAUGCCCUCUCGGGAAUCUUAAUCACCUUGUCCCUAGACCGGAAUAGGGUGCUGUGUCAUUUGCAGGACCCGAUAAAGGGCAUCAUUCUCGUCUUCUCCCUCGUCUACUACUUCUUCUUUUGUCGGAAAAUGAUGAGUUUGCAGCGAAUAUUCUCGAGCACAACCAUUAUAGUGGGUCUGUUUAUAAGCGUCGAUUAUGGUCUUUGCGACGAGUUUCGUUGUCGGGGAAAGGAGGUUUCUUCGCACACAGCCAUAAGGGGAUCUUGGGGUGCCCGGGCGGUUUGGACGUUCGUUUACGUGGGCGCUCUCGCCGCCUUCGCCAUGUUCUUCACCAUGCUGGAACGCCAUUACACCACCGGGCAGCAGAACAUGUGCCAGAUGUUGACAACGCAGCACAGUUCUUUUCUAUACACGGUGUCUCGUCUGGUGUCAUCGCGUGACAUUCGCCGUCGUGGCUCCGAGGAAGAGGGUGGCCGAUUGCUGCACGUGACCGAUCCGGAUCCCACGAUAAAACCGAAGAGCUAUCCCAAGCCGCCGGUGAUGCAAACCCUUUUUUACAUACACGUCAUUGCUUUCUUCGCCAUCCUGACACUUUGCUGGCUUGACACUUUGCCCGGCGUCGGCAGGGGUCUGUCACCCGUAGAGCUCUAUCGUACCGUGGAACGUGGACUGAUAUGCCACUUUAAAAGCGACAAUCAGUGCGCGAACGUUUCCAGCCAUGGAUGGAUUUUCCUAUUUGCGUAUGUCGUCUUCGCAAUCUCAAUCCUCAACUUCUUGUCGUUGUGCGAAAGCGCGGUAUUCAGCGUGGCCACUGCGACUAUCUCACUUCCGCUAUCCGGUAUAUGGUGGAGCCUUUACAGAAUGGACAUCGGUUUACACGGGGGCUCCAUCUCCUGGUGGCCGGGAGUGACAGGCGAGCUGAUCUGCGCCUUGCUCGGUCUUCCUGUCGUGCUGCUCGGUCUGGGCCUGCUGGUCAGAUCGCACUUUAAAGACACCCAGAUGUCCUAUCAGACCAUCCAACCGCCCGACGUCCAGCCACCCGAGGCCUGUCACAGAUGAAUCUCUCUAUAGCAUCGCGACGAGGUUUGCACCACAUGCGGCGAUCCACGGAAAUGAAUUCGAUUCGAUCGAUUCGACGGGUACGACGACGAUAAACUAUCGCUCCUCACGCGUCGAAUCGAUCGGAACGAACAAAACGAGACAAAUUUCACCGAGCCGGAAUAAUGUUAUUGUUGUACACUUAACAGAUAUAUUUUGUCGAUUGUUCCCAGAUUGCACCAAUACUCUUCCUUCGCGGUGUCACCAAGGUAAAAUGAGAUCCUUAAUUCGGUCGCAUACAUACGUACUUUGUCGAUUGGCAUGCAAAUCACGAUUGAUUCAAUUAAUUUUGGCCAUGAUGCAAUCAACUUUCUCUUCUUUUUAGAAGCAAAGGAUUGAAAACCAAUGAUGAAAUUAAUUUAAUACCGUUCAGGUAAGUCAUUAAUUUGUUCCAAAUCCAAUUUCAAUCUCUUUACCGCACACGUUCUUUACUUAAAUAAUUUUCAAUGUAGAAGUAAAUUUAGCAUCAUUAUAAUGAACAAUAAAAUCUUAACAAGAGUUACGGUAACAACAUAAUAAAAUUGUUACGAAAAUUAAACUAGGGCCAGAAUUAAUUGAAGUUGUUGAAAAAAUCAGUUGAAGAGAGAGAUUUCUCGGUGGUGUUUAUUCUUUCAAAUGGAAUUUAUGCCAUCGCGCUCAUAAAUUUGCUAGGUGCGUGCACACACAUUUAUAAUAGGAAAAAGUGAUAGGAAAAAGCAAUAUCGACUAACUACCCUCAUGCGAAAAGAAGAAAAAUGGUGAUUGCGCGGAAAAGGAAGGAGAAAGAAAGCGAUCGAUUUCCUACGUAUUUGCCAAACGCGAGCGUCCGCGUCGUCGGCAACGUUAUAGCCGAUUUAUAUUUUAUUUUGAUAACAAGAUGUUUUGUAUAUUUUCGAAGAAGUUUAAAUUACAUCGUGUUGAGAACAUGGGGUCGUGAGGUAAACGAGGCAAAGAGCUCGAAAAAGUAUCGAAAGUUUCUAGCUGCAAAUCUACGCGUGCACAGGAGCUUCUUGAUUAAGAGCGAAAUCCAAUUUUAUUUGAUUUCCGAACUUGAGUAUCGUCAUUCUCGAACAGGAAGCAAGUUUUCGAAAUAAGAGCUGGAAGUGAAACGUACGAUGAAUAAUUUCGAGAUGAUACCUACUCAGUUGACUAUCGCGAAUAUUUCUUCUUUGAAGCUUAAAAUAUACACUUACCGUCAGCAAGUUUUAGGGCCAAGGAUUUGUAUGUUACUACUUUCAAAAUAUUUAUAAAUAUUAUCUAAAAUAAUCAGAUUUUGAUUAUUAGAUUUUCAUACAAUUAUCCUUACGAAAAAAUACACUCAACUACGAAUCCUUAAGUUUGAGUGUCAUUUCGGGCCGCCAAUGCCUAGUUGGGUGUAUUUCUUCGUAAGGGUAAAUAUUACCAACAAUCAACAUCAAAUCUAACAAGCGAAAUCUAAUAAUUUUAAUCAAUAUUAACUCUCUUUAAAAAUAUAAAUGCUUGAUUCUAAACUAUCUUACUGUAUAUGUUUCUUUUACAGAAAUGAAGUGAAUAACAACUGAAAGAUCUCGAUAUUGCACAAUGAAUAUGCGAAUCUUCCAUAUUAUAAUUAUCCGUCUAAUUCGAUGAUAUUAAUUAAUAAAUUUAAUUAAUGACUCUUCUCUAAUCCAGUGCCAAUCAAACAGUUAAUCUUCGUGAAACGUCCCAUGGGAAUUUGCUGAAUGAUAUUAUCGAGGUAUAUAUCACGUAGGAAAGCAGAUACAGAGAUUCUCUUAACGAGGUUGAAUCUAGGGAAAUCGAGUCAUAUCGGAAGCUUAGACUCGAUUCGCGCAUCGAGCAACGUUCGCCAGCCCUGUGCACGUGGAUGUAAACGCUGCGCUUCGCCAAAAACAAAAUGAUUCGCGAGUGUAUGUACGGUCCAAUUACGAUCCGCGGUUUGCAGCUUUCACGUCGGGAAUAAAGUAAUAAGCAAGCGACUGAGAUACGCGCGCGUUUGAGCGUGCGUGUGCAAACGUGUGAUUUUCCCUCUACUAUGUUUCCUAAUGUUAGACUACGUCACUCUAUCGCUAACUUGAGCGCGCAAACUGUUACAAACUAGUUGGGUCCUGGCCGCGCGCGGUUAACUCGCAUUCACCCUGCUAUCAACCCUAUAAAACUCCCUCGCCGCGCGUUCACGAAAGUUUCCAAAUAACGUUAACCACCCAUUUACGCGCCGUUAGCAAAAAUUCCCACUAAGGUGUCUUCUCCUCUGCCAAUCGGAGUGCCAAUUACGCGCGGCCGCAUUUUCCCCAUCGAUUCUCUGUGUCCACACAGAACACGUCUUUUGUUCAUAAGUGAAGGAAGAAGGUGGUUAUCACGGUCGUAUCCGGAAUUAUGAUGGAAUAUGGAAUUACCGUCCUCGUAGAUAUGACCACUCGUGAUAUUAACUCCGUUAUUACAUGUCGAAUUAUAACGAUUACUUAUGGAAUCAUUUGUGUAGUAGCCCGCCGUAGUGGCGCUAAUACAAGAUGUUAAAAAUAAUAUUCGGUACUUACAUGCUACAUAGUACCCACUAUAUUAAGUAAAAAAGAACCUUUGGGCAUGUCUUUUUUUAUACGUGCUCGUUUUCACUUUUAGGGGGUAAAACACUCCUUUGAAGAAAAUUGGUAUUUUCCUUUUGAAGCGAAUAUCGUCGGAGUAUAUAUUAUUAUUAUACGUAAAUUAUGUACACUUGAGUGCUUUAUUUGUUAUUUAACAAUAUAUUUUGCUGUACACACAUUUUGAGUUGUGCAAAAUUGAACAAUGGCUUAGGAUUUUGCUAAUGCAACCCUUUAAAUAUAUGUUGAUGUCCCAACAGGUCUAAUUCGAUUACUUUUGCAAAGUUUUCAUAUCGAAAUUGUUAUUUGAUAAGUUGAUUUUAAUUCUACUGCUUCUGUAGUUUACACAUUACGUGUAUUAUUGGUUUUCAGUUCUUGCAGUCUAUGCAUAUGCAUAAUAGUUCCGUCUACGCACGUACAUUUGAUUAUAUUCUGUAAUUUUUUUUACUAUCUUGAAAAGAUAUGUUAAUAAUUAAUAAUUAUAUAACUUAAUAAAUAAUAAUAUCUAACUUUAUAAAAUAACGUUAUGUUUUUUAGAUAAAAACAAUUUUUUUUAAUUUAUUUUUAAGGGAUGGAACUGCAUUAUCACUUCUGUUUCUUUUCGAUCCAUUAUUCAGUGUCACAUUUUGAUAAAUAACGUCCUAAAUAAUAAAUAUUUCAUAACUUUGAAUCUGAACUCGAUUGAUCAAACACAUUGACAAAUAUAAUCGAUAGGUUCUCAAUUUAAAAUAUUGAUUUUUAACAAAAAUAUUGUACGAUGUGUAAUUGGAGAAUCGUAAUACCACCUUCUUCUCUAUAACUGAAAUUGAGUAUCUUUAUUUCACAGGGAGUUAUUUUUCGCGUUAUAUUUAUAUAACGAAAAGGUAAUACGCAGGUUUUCUGCGUAUUACCUUUUCGUUAUACGAUUUUUACGCUUAUCACACGUACGUAAAUUCAUUACGUUCUUACUUUGCUCUGUAAUCACAAUAUCGCUGACUCUUGAUAUUUCCCUCUUUAUAUCCCAAGCCGCUUUCUACAUCCUUGUUAUUUAAAGAAGAAAAACUGCUAAUUACUAAUUAUAUAUUUCAUGUUGACAUUUUUCUUGAAACGCCACGUCGAGAUAAAUAUCUCAUUUGUAUCUGUUGGAUAAUUUUCACUUUACUAACAAUAGGUAGAGAAUUUCUUUUUAUUAAAAAAUUUACUAAAUAAUUUUUUAUUUCACAUUUUUUUCCUUUUAUCUUUUUAUAUCUCUUGAACCGUGAAACAUCUGUCGGUUAUCCUAAAUCUUUACAGAACUAUCUCUACUACUCGUCUUUACAACUUCUCUGUCUCUCCGGAGUAAAAUUGCUAAAUAAUCAAACUUCUCCGAAAGUGUAAAAAAAAAGGAAAAUCAAAAGUUCAAAACAGAGCUCAGAGCGAUCUCACGGAAUGAAAAAGAAAAAAAGAAUAU